AUGGUACCCUGGCUAUUGCUCGCGCUGCCUAUUCCUGUACUUGCUGGCGUCGACAAAACGCACGGAGUCUCUCUAUCUCUUCUCUCUCGUUAUCAAUCGCCAGGCUCGCCGUCGGCGCCGUGGACUUGUCUUGAUGGUUCGAAGACAAUCUCGUGGUCGGCCGUAAACGAUGAUUAUUGUGACUGCCCUGACGGAAGCGAUGAGCCUGGUACUGGGGCGUGUCCCAAUGGUAUAUUCUACUGCAGGAACGAGGGUCACAUAGGUGCACAUAUACCUAGUACGCGAGUUGGAGAUGGACUCUGCGAGCCUGAAUGCUGUGACGGCUCAGACGAACGCCUGGGCAUCUGUCCGAAUGUAUGUAAGGAGGUUGGGGCAGUAUAUCAAGAAGAGCAAGCAGCCAAACGAAAAGUUCAAAGCACAGGCUCGAAAAUCCGCACAUUGUAUAUCGCUUCUGCGCAGAAGGAAAAGAGGCGGUUAGAGGGCCAGAUCACUACGGCAAAACAAGAAAUUGCAGUACGAGAAGAUGAGGUUGCGCGGCUGAAAGAUAUUCUAGAUCGAGCGGAAUCAAUUUCUGCUACGGCUUUGGAGUAUAAAAAGCAGUCCCCGUUAUAUGCAUCUCUCAUGGAACAUUCACGUGCGCUCAAGGCCCUCGAAUCCGAGUACAAGCUGCAUCUUGAACGAGAAAAGGCGUUGGGUGAUAUUCUCGAUGCGCUCCGCCUGGGCUACAAUCCGAAUUAUCAAGACAUGGCGGUUUUGGAGGCUGUUCGUGGCUGGGAAGCGCUCGCAGGUCUGCCUCAUAUCAACGACGUUGCGAAAGAUGACGAAAGUCACAAGCAAGAAGUCCCUUCGCAACAGGAACAAGAGCUCGAGGGCGAAUGGACUGCAGAACAACUCGACAAAAAGCUCGACAGUCUGAUCAACAGCGAUUAUGAAACUUUACUCAUAGAACAUGACAAGCAUAUAGGAGCCCCAGUAUCGGACUCACCUCUAUAUGAUCUAACGGCAUACAUCCCUGACGCUUUUCUUCCGCCAUUCGAAGCCUUCCUUCAAACUGUCUCUUCGUGGCUUCAGUCGUUCGGCUUGACUAGUGGUACGACAGCGACGUCCACAGACAAUUCGAAGGCACGCCAGGCCUUCAACGAUGCCGACAAGAAUCUGAGUGCCGUUAAACAAGAACAGAAGAAAGCGGAAGAGGAGCUCUCGCACUUGUUUGAUCCUACAUGGUUCGGCUCCGAAGGCGAGUGGAAACGGUUACAAGGAACGUGCCUAUCGAAGGAUACCGGAGAAUACACCUACGAAGUCUGCCUCUUUGAUGAAGCCAGACAAAAACCUAAUAAGGGUGGCUCUACCCAGAGCUUAGGCAAAUUCUCUUCUUGGGACACCGGCGCCGCCGUGGGUUCGCCUGAAUAUUACGGCAAGCAACAUUACACUCAAGGGACGAAGUGUUGGAAUGGUCCUAUGCGAAGCGUUACCGUCGUCUUCAGCUGUGGGAUCGAGAAUGAGCUUUUGACUGUGGCAGAGCCGGAGAAGUGCGAGUAUCAGUUCACAGCAACUUCCCCAGCCGUGUGCUUGCCACUUCGCGCAGAAGAGGAGCCGCGCGACGAACUAUGA